CUCCCAGCCAGGCACGGUUUAGUGGAAACCAAACAAUAACAGCUUCUCUGAUACUUCCGUCCUGUUCGGAGGAAAAUAACCUGUUUAAUUGUUGUAUGUGUGGAUCAGUGAUAAGGUUUCAACCUUGUUAAGGAACGUACAGGUGCGCAGUCGCAACCAGCAGCAACCAACCUUUGGACAGCGUUCAGCACCAUCCAGCGGCAGGCGAAGGUGCAGGCGUGAGAGUUAGAGAGAGGCAGCAGAUCCAAAUGAGCAAGCAGCCGCAGCAGAAGUUAACCAACACAGAUCAGAACGGAGUGAGUGUCAUACAGAGCCAGGCUCAUAGCAGUGUCGUGCAAACUGCAGGAGCUACAGCAGGACUGCAGCAGGUUCCUCAACUCGUCCCAGUCAGCCCCGGAGGAGGUGGCAAAGCCACGUCACCCAGCAAGAUGAAGAAGACGAUGCUGGACAAGGACAGCGAGGAAUACAGGCAGCGGCGCGAACGCAACAACCUGGCCGUGAAGAAGAGCCGCAUGCGCAGCAAGCAGAAGGCGCAGGACACGCAGCAGCGUGUCAACGAGCUUAAAGAGGAGAACGAGAGAUUGGAGGCCAAGAUCAAGCUGCUCAGCAAAGAGCUCAGUGUGCUCAAAGACCUGUUCCUGGAGCACGCACACAACCUGGCUGACAACGUGCAGCCUGCUACCGCAGCAACCGUCGCCCCCGGAGACCUCUGUAACAACAACAACCAGUGAGAUCGAGUGACUUGUUCGGGGCGCCAACUCUGUACUAUAAUAAUCUCGGUUAACCUUUUUCUUAAGGAAAUGGAAGCUUUCCUGAUUGUUUUUUAGGCCGUUUGCAUUUCACAAGAAUGAAGCUUUCCCUUUAGGCUUGAGAUUAAAAAAAAGAAAAUAAUCAAUAAUAUUUAAUUAUGAGCACUCUGGACUUUAAAACAAGUACAAGAUGGUUUAUUUCCCAAACUGAAACAUCAGAAACACUGCAUGAUUUUGGAUUGGAAUUGGGUGGGGUUUUUUCUUUUUUUUUUCUUUUUUUUUCCUCUUCUCAAUUCAUAAGCUUUUUCACGAUCCCUCUCGUCUUUCUUCCUAUCGUCCUCUUUUUUGACGCGGUGUAUAAAUAAGCGUGGAGGGAACGCGGAAAAGUAUUAGCACAGCUUAGGAAUGCCGUAGGUUUGGAUUUUGUUUCCGUUUAUGACUACAGCGAGUCACUCGGGGAGACAGCAUCGAAAACAAGCAGCAGAUUUUCGCAAAAGCCUCGCCGCAGGUCCGUGACAGCUUUUCAAAUUCAUAAGAAUCUCUCCAAGCAUGUUCGGGCAAAUCGAUCCAACUCUCACAAGGCAGCAGCAAAGAAAAAAGACGCAAAGAAGAGACAAAAGGAGCAGUGUCCUGGAAACAGACGGAUAGAUUUUAAUUAUACCUGAGGGCUGUUUUAAAGGGGCUUUCCCUCCUCCAUCUCCUUGGAUGAUAUCUUUGUUAUAAGCGCGUUUUGUUUAACUUAAGAAGACAGGGACUCAGGCCGCGAGGGAUGUGCGCGAUCAGGGAAAUCGGACGGUCGUGUCCAACUUUGACGUGAAAUUGCAGGGGUGGACAAAUCAAUAGCCCGGGACAAGAGAGAAAUAAGUACACAGCAACUUCUUUUCCUUUAUUGGCUUUCAUGAAACAGAAUAUAUGGUGUUUUGGUACGUAGUCGUGUUUAAACGUAGCACGCUUUGUGUGAUGCGUCUCGACUGUGUAACUACAGCAAGCUUAUGUACAAUACACAUCAGUUGAGACGGUCUGACUCGCAGGUGUGCCGAAAACCGUGCAGAAAUAAAGUGAAGCACAAAGCUGAAGUGUAUGAGAAAUCAAGGCGCGACCCAGGCGGACGGAAGAUCACAUCUCGUGCCUAACGACUUUUCAUGUCAAGGGCACGAACACGAUGUGCUACAUGAGCGUAACCAUGUCGAUCGUCACUCUUGGUGCAUUUACUGGCAUUUAGCAGACGCUGUUAUCCAGAGCGACGUACAACAUACCUAGAGCAGCCUGGGGAGCAGUUGGGGGUUUGGUGCCUUGCUCAAGGGCACUUCAGCCAUUCCUGCUGGGCCAGGGAAUCGAACUGGCAACCUUAUGGUCCCAAAGCCACUUCUCUCACCAUUUAGGCUGUGGCGUCCAGCCCUAAUGGUUAGAGAAGCUUAAUUAGAGAAUUAUCUCACCGUACGUUAUUUUAGCUGUCGGUUUUAUAGCCGUCAGUUAGAUUUCCAGGCAAACAGAUCGUGGAACUGGGAGGCUACAUUAAUGAUUUGUCCACCUGUGAACUGCAUACAGAUGUAAAUAAUGUUGGAUGAUAUUUUUAUUUUAUUUUUAAAGUUGUUGUUCUGUAUGGAAGAAACGAUCCCUGAAAUUGUCCCAAAGAAAGAACUUUUCUAUUAUGUCCAUAUUUCUUGGAAAAAAAAAAAAAUCAAGCUCGUGCUUAGAGAGUUGGAGCUCUGUCCUGGGACGGAGGAAUCAGACAGCGUGGACAGCCUGAGUGUGUGUGGAGUGCGUUGCAUCAGACCGAAGAGCAGACAGCGCUGGCGUUAACAAAAGCCGUUAAAUUGCACUUGAGCCUCAAACCCGUCUUACAAAACUAUCCGAGAGAGAGAGAGGGAGGGAUGGGAUAGGAUGGGUUGGUUUGGGACGAGACGCAUGCUGUCUGGGGUGUUGGUUGAAUUUAAAAAAACAACCCAAACUGAUUUCAUCAGCGCAGCAACCCGCGGUCCGGUCUGUCUGAGUCUCUGUCUGAUGCGUGUUUGUGUGUUUGUCUCGGCACACAGCGAAGGCUCAGACACCGAUGGUGCAUUCUUACUGACUCAUUGAUUGGGCUUCUGAAAAAUACAGAAGCAUGCAGUGAUUAAAAAAAUAAAUAGUUCUUUAGUAUCUGUAAUCUUUAAUCAUUCAUUUUUUUUUUCUCAGUUCUCUGACAGCCAAAAUCUUUCUAGCAUUUCUACACUGACUUUUUGUACCUCAGGCGAUGCCACUAAAGAGACUUUCAUGUAUUUGUACACCUGUUUUAAAGAAAAGACGAUUUAAAAAAAUAAAACCCACAAAGUACACAAGGUGAUUUUAGUGAGAAUUUAAGCUUUUUUUUUUUUUUUCCCUCUUAGAUUCUUUUGUAAUAUUCUUUUGUCAUUUUCUAUAUCUUUUUAGGUUUAAAAGGUUUGGAGAAAAAAAAAAAGCAUGAUGCAUGGUUAAAGCACUGUUCAGGAAAAAAUAAUGCACAAUGUGUUAUCAGAUUCGGCUUUGAACUGGGAGUGGAGCGUGAAGAAAAAAAAAAAGCAUAUCAAAGAAACGAUUGUUGUCCAUGUCAUGUUCCUCAAAUAUUUGAUUAGCAUUUUUGCUGAAGUAUGAGCGUUGCUGGCCAACUUGCUUUUUUAUAUGACAGGGUUAUUGUGCAUUGUAAAUUAAAAAUUGAUUAUAAACUGUCAA